UUUUUUUUUUUUCUUCAACAGCGAUGCUCCAAAGCAAUAAGAAUGCGUCUUUCUACGGUUGCUGGCAAGGUUCUGAUCAGCAAAUCCUGGACGCACUGUUUUCCAUUGCUAACGGACACGGUUUUCUACAGGGUGAGAAAAUUAACCUCCUCCACCAAGGCUGCAGGAAGAACUCCCGCCUUCCUGAGUUCACAUGAAGACCAUCGAGAAUGACGCCACAGCCUGCCUGAUGGACACUGCUGACGGACAGCCAGGCUCUUUGUGUCUGGACACAGGCCGGGCCCUGCGGAGAGGGCUCCUGCCCUCUCCCCCCAUCCCGACUCCCGGCAGCGCCGGGACCGUGGGCAGCUCCGAGGGACGAGACGGCAGCGGAGCUGCUUCGCUGUGAACUGCGGAGCCGGCGGACCUCGCUGUCCCGCGGGCUUGCACUGCUUCCCCCGCUCUCCCCGGUGUGAGGCGGAGGCAGGGGCAGAGUCGCGGUGGCGGGCCGCCCUCCACGCCGUGCCCCGCACGCCGCCGGGUGAGGCCGACCUGGCGGAAGCGCCUUCCCUUCCGCUUCCUCUCUGCCCGGGAAGAGGCGGGCGCGGCUGCGGCCAUGCAGGUCUCCAGCCUCAACGACGUGAAGAUCUACAGCCUGAGCGCCGGCAGGAGCCUCCCGGAGUGGCUCUCUGACAGGAAGAAAAGAGCUUUACAGAAGAAAGAUGUGGAUAUCCGUAGAAGAAUUGAACUUAUUCAAGACUUUGAAAUGCCCACUGUUAGCACAAAGAUUAAGGUAUCAAGAGAUGGACAGUAUAUUAUGGCAGUUGGAACUUACAAGCCCAGGGUCCGCUGUUUUGAUACCUAUCAGUUAUCCCAGAAAUUUGAAAGAUGCUUAGAUUCCGAAGUGGUUACGUUUGAGAUUUUAUCAGAUGAUUACUCAAAGAUUGUCUUCUUGCAGUGUGGCAGAUUUGUGGAGUUUCAUUCACAACAUGGCCAUUACUACAAGACAAGAAUACCAAAAUUUGGUAGAGAUUUCUCUUACCACUACCCAUCGUGUGACCUGUAUUUUGUAGGAGCAAGUUCUGAAGUGUACAGGCUAAAUCUGGAACAAGGAAGAUUUCUGAACUCCCUGCAAACUGAAGCUUCAGAGAGUAAUGUCUGUGACAUAAAUCCUGUGCACUUCUUGUUUGCUAUGGGGACGGCUGAGGGUAAAGUGGAGUGCUGGGAUCCUAGAACUAGAAAUCGAGUUGGGCUGUUGGACUGUGCAUUAAGCAGUGUGACAGCAGACACAGAGAUAGAAGGUUUGCCAUCCAUUUCAGCACUGAAAUUUGAUGGGGCUUUGAAUAUGGCUGUUGGAACAUCUACUGGACAGGUCCUAUUAUAUGAUCUUCGGUCUAGUAAUCCAUUGAUAGUCAAAGAUCACCACUAUGGCCUGCCUAUUAAAUCCAUUCAGUUUCAGCAUCAGUUGGAUUUAAUUAUCUCUGCGGAUUCUCGAAUUGUAAAAAUGUGGAACAAAGAUACUGGAAAGAUAUUUACUUCAAUGGAGCCAGAACAUGAUAUAAAUGAUGUCUGCCUUUAUCCAAAUUCAGGAAUGCUAAUGACUGCCAAUGAAGCCCCUAAAAUGAAUAUCUAUUAUAUACCAGUUUUAGGACCUGCCCCAAAAUGGUGUUCCUUCUUGGACAACUUGACUGAAGAACUGGAAGAGAAUCCAGAAAGCACUGUUUAUGACGAUUACAAAUUUGUUACCAGAAAAGACCUUGAAAAUUUAGGCCUUGCUCAUCUCAUCGGAUCAUCCUUGCUCAGAGCGUAUAUGCAUGGCUUCUUCAUGGACAUAAGACUUUAUCAUAAGGCGAAAAUGAUGGCCAACCCCUUUGCCUAUGAAGAAUAUAGAAGAGAGAAAAUAAGGCAGAAGAUAGAAGAAACUCGUGCACAGAGAGUUCAACUGAAGAAACUCCCAAAAGUUAAUAAAGAACUUGCACUCAAACUGAUUGAAGAAGAAGGAGAAGAGCAACAGUUUAGUAAAAAAAGAAAACAAAAGAAUCUGCCCAGCCUUCUCAAAGAUGAUCGUUUUAAGGUCAUGUUUGAGAAUCCAGAUUUCCAGGUGGAUGAGCAGAGUGAAGAAUUUAGGCUACUUAACCCACUUGUUUCUAAAAUAAGUGAGAAAAGAAAGAGGAAGCUAAAGAUCUUAGAAGAACUGGAAGCACAAGGACAGGAAGAGGAGGAAGAACCAGAAGGAAAAGCAAGUGAUGCAGAAAGUUCUGAGAGUUCAGAUGAUGAAAAAGGCUGGGUUGAAGAGGUCAGGAAACAGCGCAAGCUUUUACGCCAAGAGGAAAAACUAAAGCGGCAGGAAAGGCUCAAGGAGGAUCAGCAAACAUUACUAAAACCUCAGUUUUUUGAGAUUAAAGAAGGAGAGGAAUUCAGAAGCUUCAAAGACUCUGCCAAAAAGCAAAAAUUAAUGAAGAAAACUCUUGAAGAUCGUUUAAAACUUGAAGAAAAACUUGGCACACUCAAUGUGUCUGAUACCACAGUAGGCAGCAAACAGGCAACAUUCAAAUUAAAGAAGUCAGAGCAGCAAAGGAAACAGCAGGAAGCUGAGAAACGACAUCGUCAGGAGAGGAAAACCCUCCGGCGCUCUGCCAGUCAUCUCAAGAGCAGACGUGGAAGAGGACGACUAUUUCAUUGAUUUAUGUUGGGUUUUUUUCAGAAACUUUUUGCCUCAUUUUCAUUUGAAAAAGGGACUUUUUCAAAUUGGGACACAGUACCGAUGGAUUUGUAUUUUGAUUCAUUGGUGAACACAAAACCAGAACCUCCUAAACCUUGUGUUAAUUAUUGAAAAGUUUUUGAAAGUUAAAGUACUGACCAAAGGACACUAUGAAUGUGGUCCAUUGUGAACUGUAUUUGUUCAGAAAUCACAAGCAAUUGGUUAUUGUGUAACCCUGGCUGUUUUCUAUAUAAGAAUUUGUGUAUACAACAAGGCUGCCUGUCUUUUAUUUAACUUAAGAGCUGUGAGUUUCAGUUUCUGAAAUCUUUGUGACUGCUUAGAUAAAAGAUCAAAGGUAAGUUGUUUUGUCUAAAAGCUUAUCUUUACAAGGACACAACAAAUUUUUCUGGUUCUUGAAGGAUGACACACAGUUGUAUUUUUCAAAACCUGGCUUUAUAUUCUUGGGUUGCCUUUAGUAGCAAAUGGUACAAAUGGUUGUCGGGACAAUUGAGAAUGCCUGAUUUGGGUUCCUCUAAGUCAUUCUGUAAGGAAACCUCUCUUGUCACACCAGUGUACAAAGGGGAAGCUCACAAGGGUAGUCCUAUUAACUUAGGUUUUAUAAAUACAAAACCUGAUCCUGAUGUUUUUAUUUUGGAAAGCCGGCCAUGGUUCAACUUAGAUCACGUGGGGUAUGUUCAUAUAACAAGCACUUUAAGGCCAUGCCAGUAGUCUCCUAUGCUUCAAAAAAAGAGUUUAGUUAAAUAACUUAAAAAACCCUUGAACCUAAGUAGGUUGUUAUUUAGCAAAUGAAUUAGUUUUUACCUUUGAUCCUAAAGGAACCUUUUUAUUGCUUUUUAGAAGCCUUUAUAAAUUGCCUUUUUGCUAGAUAAAGAAACCUGAACUUUGGAUCCAGCUAGAAUCAGUGAAUCUCCCUGCCACUGUAAAUCUUUUUAAGAGACUCUUAGGUUCUUAAGUGUUUUGCCUUUUAAACCAGAGAAAUAUUAAUCUGGUCAGGUUUCUUGGACAGUAUUUAUAGAAUAUUUGCAAUUACAUCAGUAAAAAGCCUUGGUUUCUCAAAGCCUAAUUUUUUUUUGUUUGUUAUGUCUUAGAUGAUAGAAAAGUUAGCCACCUGGGUAUUUUUUUUUUCUCCCUGACUUAAUUUUACCUGCUUUAAUUCAUGGUUUUCAUUAUGUUGCUGCCUUUAGUUUAAAAAGGCACUUUUCACCUGAUAUUUUCAUCUUUAAAAACUUACAUUGUAGUCAUCACCUCUGCCCUUGCAUUUAACUAAGUGAUGAGUCUCUCAAUACCUAGUUUUUUUACCUCUAGCUAGUCAAAUUUCUGCUUUGUCCAUAAGCUUCUCAUGCUUUUUAUUUUUGCAUCUUCCCCCUGGAGCAUUAUGUUAUCUCUUAGAAACUAUCUGUGUGCAAUUCAGUUGUGCUUACAUCAUACACAGGGCUAUAGGAAUAUGGAAAGGUUAACAGUGGAAACUGGCCUCCAUUGUGGUUGAUACAGGGAGAAUUGGGGACUGAGUGGACAGAACUGGCAUUUUAAGAGCAGGAAUUUGGCAGAGUUUGCUCCUUCUCCUGGUGGGUCUAAAUCCCAUUAUAUUGAUCUAGAGCUGCAUUUAUGGUUGAAGACAUCUGUAUUUUACAAUGAUUUUGUGGUCUGUCAAGGGCAGUAGACAAGUAAAUGUGGUUGAUCUGCAGGGUGGUAAUGCACUGAGUUUGAAAUGGUUAACUUUCAGCUUAAAAUGAGUGUAUUUCUGGUGUUUUGAGAUUCUUCUGAUGGACUGGUUUAAGUCAGUGUUUUGCUUUUCAUGCACUUACAUUCAUCAUGUAAGUAUUGUGAUAGUGUUGAUCAUGUAUUUAGGUUGUAGCCUAUAUGAUUAAAGGAGUGUGCUUUGUACUGUUAGAUGGAAGGCACAUGUAAACUGCCCUUAGCUGUUUGUUUCACCUCAAAGGAAGUUGGGAUAUGCUUUGAACUCCUCCUUUGACCUGCUGGCAAUGAUCUUCCUAAUGCACUCCAGCACACCUUUGGCCUUCUUGGCCACAAGGGCACUGCCAGCUCAUGGACAGCUUGUUGUCCACCAGGACCCCCAGGUCCUUCUCCACAGAGCUGCUUCCCAGCAGGGCAGCCCCAGCCUGUGCUGGUACCCAGGGUUGUUCCUGCCCAGGUGCAGGGCCCUGCAUUUGCCUUUGUUAAAUUUGAAACUUUUCCUCUCUGCUCCACUCUCAAACUCAUUGAGGUUCUUCUGAAGGGCUGCAUGCCCCCUGGGGGCAUUGGCUGCUCCUCCCAGCUUUGUGUCAUCAGGGAACUUGCUAAGGAGGCUUCCACCCCUUCAUCCAAGUCAUUGAUAAGGAAGUUAAACAAUAUUGAACCUUGGGGGACACCACUAGUGACAGGCCUCCAACUAGACCCUGUGCCACGGCUUGUGACCCCCUGGGAUCUGCCAUUCAGACAGUUCUCAAUCCACAUCACUGUUCACAUAGGCACCUGGCAUGAAACAUGUUUAGAUUGUUGAGACUGAUUAAGCAGAUUAACAGCAGGUUAAAGUUAUUCUUGUAUACAGCUCUCUGGGAAAGUUUGGAAAUUUCAGUAGAAGCUGGUGCAUUAAUGCAACAUCAUUGCAAAUGAAUUAACUUCAUCAUGCAACCAAAGCAGGCAUUUUUUAAGUGUCAGCCUGGGUUUCAUUCAUGUUUUUCAGUUCGCAGUUACUUCAUUUUCCAUAGUGCAGCAAUCAGUCUUUAUCCAUAAUUGCAAUUCUUGGAAGCUUAGCAGCUGCUGGGAUCCUUUGUGACAUUUAAGGUUCAUACUCUUAAGGUAAAGAGUAAUCAGAUGUUGUAGCCUCAUGGAAACCCAUGUAUGAUUGUUUCAUACAUGUGAGAACUUAGUGGUGAGAAUCAGUUUUAAAAACUCACUGUAAAUAAAUGUACAUAUAGUGGUUAAAUGUGAGUGAAAUGCUGGUGAGAUAAAGGAAUGACCUAGGUCUGAUGUGUCACCUGUACUUCAGUACUUUUUUACUCCUCAAGUAAUAUGAUUUAUAUCAGUUAGGCUAUUACUCAUUCAACAAACAUUGAACCAAAACUAAUUAUCUAAUGUUCUUUCCAAAAUUCCGUUGCCAAGCCAAGAAUCAUUCUGUGUUCCUGUGGCUGGUAUAUUGUCUGAAAUUAAGAGCAUCUACCAAUUUAAACAAAACAGUGAAAAAAAUUUACUGUACCCAGCACUGCUUGUUUUUAAUAUCUGAACUAAAGAAACAUGAUUUUAAAAUAUUACCCUGUAUACAUAGCAAGUGUGUGUUAAAUGUAUAUGCACAUUUUUAUACUCAUGGGGUUUAUGUAUGGAGUUUAGAGCAGGUUUGAGAUUGUCAGGGGGAGUUAUGAGAGAGAAUGAAAUAGUUUUUAGGUUACUCCAUCUUGUUUUGCAGCAGCCUUUUAUAUUUGUAUUCUUCAUGCUUCCAGGUUUGAAAAUGGGGAAUAUAAUUUAAUUCCAGGAAGAAAGGACCGUAUUGCAGAUGCAGGAAUACAGUGAAGCAGUGCAGCUCCUUGCCUGGGGAGGUUGUGCAAUGUCCACCAAAAGACUUGUGAUGUUGGAUUAAACAUCUACAGGUAUAGAUGUGUGUGUACCUUCAGGUGUAGUGGAGCCUUCCCUGAGGAAGAAGAAUGUUUUAAUGAACUUUAGAGGACCUCUCCAGCCUGAUUACUCUAUGAAUGUUGUAGGGCAUAAGGAGGAAACAUGUAUCAUUAAUUGACUAGAGUAAUUUUCCCCCUUUGUCUCAUCCUUCCACUGAAUCACUCACUAGUUUUAUCUUUUUAUCUCUUUCUUAAAGAUUAAGUACUUCUUUUGGCAUGUGUCCGUAGCUAAUAUAUUUUGUCUGAUCUUGAGAAGUAUGGGGAUUUUAAACGGAAUGAAAGCACAUAAAUCUAUUAAUAAAUUUUACCUCUUGAUCAUUA